AUGCCAUCCGUCCCAUGGAAGCAGGAAAUCAACUUUGCCAGCGCAUUGUUGCUGCAUUCGUGCAUUACCGUCUUUCUAAAGGAAAUGAGUAACGGCACAGCCAUCCUUUAUCAUAUAUUCAUUGUUGCCAAAGACAAGGCUGCUAUCGAUACUUCUGUCAUGCUUGACGGCUACACGUCUGUCUUCUCCAGAGAUCAAGAUGGCGAGCUGGCUGAGCUGUACUUUACAAACACCGGCUCUUCAACAGGAGUGCCGAAUGCGCUAAUUGCAGCUACGUUCGGCCUGACGUUCCUAGCAUCCGCUGCAGUGGCAUGCAAGAAGAAGAGUUUUGUCAUGCCCAUUAUGGCUCUUCGGCGUGCAGGGCAAUUCAUCUGGUCAGACACGCCGUUUGUCAACUUCUUCUCGUUGAUUUACAUUGCUGUUGUUUUGAAGGGAUCCUCAAAGCUUACUUUGAGAGACUACGUCAUCUUUCGAUCUAUUGCAAUCCUGGAGCUUGUCUUUAUGAAAGCUAGACUGGCAGCUGCAGACGCAGAGACGCAACAGAUCAUGCUGAAGCGUCUUGUUGAUAGCGAAUACGCUGUCAUCAGUAGCAAAUGCCUCCCUGCGGCCCGCAGUCCGCCAAAGCCACUCGAGCACUCGCGUAUUGUACCUUUUAUGAGCUCCCAGCGCUUAUUUGUUAUGUUAUACAAAACUGCAAUCGGCCAUAUCGAGGGGUCUAUUUGCGGAGCAUCAGGCCCUGCUACGAUAGCUAUCCCAAAGAACCCGGGGUUCUUCAAAGACGAGGCUGCACAAUACGGGUGGCGAGUCUACCGCAUGUCGCCUACUUACGUCUUCAUUGAAGACUGCGGCCAGACAAUGGUCACUGAGACAAUGAAGAGGGCGCCAACCAAAGAACGAACAGGUAUGGCAGCCCGUUAUACCAAGUUCAUCUCAUGGAGCCACGGCGUACUGUUGUGCCGUCUUGGCAGGCGCAGGGUUGUUUGGUUGAUGCAUACAGGGCAAGACGAGCGUGGAGCUGAUUGCUGGAAAGGAAACAUCAACCUUGUUACUGGAUUGAAGGAGUCGUGGCUCAAAGACAGAGGCAUAUUUAGACCCAUGACGGGCGGUGACUAUGGAGACGCAAGAGUAAAUGUUGUGUGGUAA